UUUAGUUAAUUUUUUCAACCGUUUUAUUUGGCUACUUAAUUUAUUCUUGAUUUCCCUUACAAGUUUUUUUUUUCUUUUUUGGAUGCUUGCGUUUUCUUCAGAUGAUUUUUUUUUGGAACUGUUUGGUAGUUUGUCGUUUGAAAUUGACUAAUUUUCUGAUGCUUGUAGCUUGCGCCGUAUGCAUUUCUAUAAAUGUUUGGUGAAUUGACAGUUAAUUUGCUUCUUCUGCGAUUUGGGUAGCUCGGAUCGACUGAAUAUCAGCUAUGGAACAUGUAGAACCUCAGAAUACAGACAUGGAUUUGUAUCAAGUAAAUAGUGCUGCGAGGAGACCGCGCAUCCUGCUUGCUGCCAGUGGCAGUGUUGCUGCAAUAAAAUUUGCUAAUCUUUGCCAUUGCUUCUCCGAGUGGGCAGAAGUGAAAGCUGUUGCUACCCAGGCAUCGCUUCAUUUCGUAGACAGGGUAGCUCUUCCAAAGGAUGUAGUACUUUACGCUGAUGAGGAUGAAUGGUCGAGUUGGAAAAAGAUUGGUGAUAAUGUGCUCCACAUUGAGUUGCGUAAAUGGGCAGAUAUAAUGGUCAUCGCACCUUUGUCUGCUAAUACACUUGCCAAGAUUGCUGGAGGUUUAUGUGAUAACUUGUUGACCUGCGUUGUUCGGGCGUGGGACUACAGUAAGCCAAUGUUCGUAGCGCCAGCCAUGAACAGCCUCAUGUGGAACAACCCUUUCACCGAACGUCAUCUCAUAGGGAUCGAUGAUCUUGGGAUCUCUCUAAUUCCCCCGGUGAAGAAGAGGCUGGCCUGUGGAGACUAUGGAAACGGUGCAAUGGCUGAGCCUUCCCUAAUAUACUCGACUGUAAGACUUUUCUUUGAGACUCGAGAACAAUCAAGUAGUGGCAAUGUUUAGUCUUAGGUAUAUCGCUUCCAUGUUCAACGACAAAAUCGUGUGUCUCAAAUUUAUUAGUUGAUGAACAAUCGCUUCCCUAAUAGUGUGUUGCAUUUUGUGCUUCACUUUUACUUUAUUUUAUGUAUGCUAUUUUUUGUUUUUAUUAUGUUUCCAUUUAAAGUUUAAACAAUCAAAAAUAAUUUGAUUCAUGAAUUAGCAUACUUAUGUA